AUGAUGCAACUGAUCAAGCUCUACAAGGCCGACGUUGCGAAAGAGCAAUGGUCUCCAAAUGAGUUCAUCGCCAAUAUUCAGUAUCCAAACAAAUACGACGACGUGACGUUUCAAAAGACGUUUAAGGUACAGAACUCGACGAUCGUUGCACUUCUGAUGAGCAUCUGCACGAGUAAAGAGAGUCUGAUACUAACACUGAACGCCAUGUGUAAGAUGGUCAAGAACAGAUUCCGAGAUGCCUUUGGAUACUACAAUACGAUUCGAAAGGAACUGAGUAAGCAAAACAGGGCUGCAAAGCUGGACAACGAACUGACACCCAAGGAAGAGAAGAAAUACAUCAGCUAUGAAGAACUCAUGUCCGUCCCUGGUAAAGUCGCAAAGGUGCUCAACGAAACGUAUGGCAAAAUAUUCCUGUCCCGAUCCGAGUUUGAGGAGCUGGCCAAAGCUAAGAUAACUGAUUACUUGAAGCUCGUGUUUGAUUAUAUUACGUUGUGGUUGAACGUGCAUUAUCCACUUCGUUUGGUAUGGCCAAGUGUCAUGCUCACCCCUGAGGAAGGUGCUAAUUAUCUUCAAGGGAACGUUUUACAUCUGAAUGAUUUCAAGAAUGUUCGGCUCAUGGGACCGCAAACGAUUCAGUUGGAUAGCACUACGAUGAGCUUGAUCAAGUCAUAUCUUGAAUUCUUGACUAACACAGUAAGAGAACAACCUAGCAAACUCCUGCGGCGCAUUUUCAAUAGACAGCCAGGUGAGUACGAUUAUACAAGUGCGAGCAAUAGCUUCAGUCAAGUUAUAUCAAAACUGUUCAUGAAGUACAAUGGAAAGCCAAUGUCAAUGAAUAUGAUUCGACACAUUGCUGAGUCUCAUUUAAUUCAAUCGCCAACAUAUGGUAAGCUCACCAAUCGCGAGAAGAAUGAUUUACAUGCAAAGCUACUCCACAGCACCAUGGCUGCUAACACGAGCUAUAACAAAAUCGAAAAUCGAUCAAAUGCAUCCAAGCAAAUCGCAUCAGUUGAGCCAGAUACAUCCUUUGAACCAGAGACAACGUUUGAGCCUGAGCCAGCACCUGUUGCAACGCCUGCUGCAAAGACUCCAAGCAGACCUAGAGACCGUCGGGAACGCAUAUUCCAUGGUGAUUUCACUCCUUCAGGUAGCGACAAAACACUUGAGAUUGAUAUCUACGAGAAAUAA